UCUUUCCUAUAGAAAAAGCAUUUGGAUCAUUUUCAUUUUCCAUAUGGACAAGCUCUUUUUGAACUGUUUCAUUGGAUACUGCCUUCUUUAUUCUCUCUUGGCUGUGCAUGGCAAAGAAUUGUCAUGCAAUGAAACCCCCUACCCCCUUGUGUGCAAGCAUUACAUUGGCACCACCACCAACACAUUAUCAGCCCUAGAUGCUUCAUCUUCUUCCUUCCAUGAUGUGGCCCUUAAGGUCACCAUGGAGCAAGCCAUUGAGGCUCAUAAACUUGUCUCUAAAAUGGACUUGGAUAAUUUCAAGGACAAGAGAGCCAAGUCGGCAUGGGAAGAUUGUUUGGAGCUCUAUGAGGACACACUUUAUCAACUCAAACGCUCAAUGAACUCAAACAACCUAAAUGACAGAUUGACCUGGCAAAGUGCAUCCAUUGCCAACCAUCAAACAUGCCAAAAUGGUUUCACUGAAUUCAACCUUCCCUCUCACCUAAACUACUUCCCUUCCAUGCUAAGCAACUUCUCCAAAUUGCUUAGCAAUUCCUUGUCCAUUAGCCAGGCUAUGACUUUGACGACAUCAUCAACCUCAGCAUCGACCAAACAAAGUGGUGGGCGAAGGUUGCUUUCAGAUGGCUUCCCCUAUUGGAUGUCACAUUCAGAUAGGAGGCUUCUUCAGGAAUCAGCACCAAAAGCUGAUGUUGUGGUGGCACAAGAUGGGAGUGGGAACUAUAAGACCAUCUCAGAAGGUGUGGCUGCAGCUGCUAAACUCAGUGGGAAAGGACGUGUUGUUGUGCACGUCAAAGCUGGUGUUUACAAAGAGAGUGUUGAUAUCAAGAGGACAAUGAAGAACAUACUGAUGAUUGGAGAUGGAAUGGGUGCUACCGUUGUUACUGGUAAUGAUAACGCACAAGAUGGCUCCACUACUUUUCGUUCUGCCACUUUUGCGGUUUCCGGUGACGGGUUCAUCGCUCGGGACAUGACGUUCGAGAACACAGCGGGGCCGCAAAAGCACCAGGCGGUGGCGCUCCGGUCCGGCGCCGACCACUCGGUGUUCUACCGGUGCAGCUUCAAGGGGUACCAAGACACGUUGUACGUGUACGCGAACCGUCAGUUCUACCGUGAUUGCGACAUAUACGGAACCAUAGACUUCAUAUUCGGGGACGCCGUGACGGUGCUUCAGAACUGCAACAUCUACGUGAGGAGACCGAUGAGCAACCAGCAGAACACGGUGACGGCGCAGGCGAGAACAGACCCUAAUGAGAACACAGGCAUCAUCAUUCAUAACUGUCGCAUCACUGCAGCUGGAGACUUGAAGGCCGUGCAGGGCUCUUUCAGAACCUAUCUAGGUCGGCCAUGGCAGAAGUACUCCAGAACCGUCGUCAUGAAGAGUUCCCUUGAUAGCUUGAUUAACCCUGCAGGUUGGUCUCCGUGGAGUGGAGACUUUGCUCUGAGCACUCUCUACUACGGUGAAUAUGCAAAUACAGGAGCAGGUAGUGACACAGGAGGGAGGGUGAAAUGGGCAGGGUUUCGUGUGAUAAGCAGCUCUGAGGCUGUGAAAUUCACUGUUGGAGAUUUCCUCGCUGGGGACUCGUGGAUUCCUGGGAGUGGCGUGCCGUUUGACGCAGGUUUAUGAAAGUAGUAAAGUACACAAGCUCAAAGCAUGUCUUGUGUUGCGUGGUGGCUGAAGUGGGUUUCCAAAAUUGGAUAACGACUCAAUUGCAUGUGAAUAUGUGAUAUAUGUCACGUAGUUUGUGUUGGGUUUUUGUUUUGUUUUUCCUUGUACAGAGGGAACACAAAUUGCUGUACUUUGUUCUGUGUUUUGUCUUGCAACUUGGAAGGAGCUAACCAGGAUCCAUGACAGAUCAAUAGGAAUAUUAUUGGAUAUCCUGUACUUUUUUUUUCUUCCAUUUAUUCUGAUGUCAAGAAUAUCCUGUAUAGAUAUAAUUAAUAAUUGUUGUAAAAUGUAACCGAUUUAAUGUGUUGAUUGCAUAUAAAUGUAUAAAAGUCUUCAUUUCAUUCAA